UGGAUCGUGUGUGAUGCAGUGUAAGAGAAGUUAGCCUCCACUGAUCCCUGAACAAAUCUGAAAGCUCACUAAUGCAGAGGAUCCAUCAUGAAAAUAUGAAUAGAGUCUCCCAUCCGUCAGUGGAUGGGAGAGGGGCUUUACUCCAUGAAUGAGCGGGAUGGCUUCAUGCAUGCAAAUGGAGACUAGACACACAGACACACCCUUCCCCCCACUCGUGUGCGGAAAAAUGUGAAUGAGGAUGUGGGAGCUGAAGAUGAAACGGCAUCCCCCCCUCAUCCACUCUUCCUGCAUGGAUCCCUGUACUCUCCUCCUCCUGUUCCAAUCAGAUUGGAGCCCGCCGCUCACGUGAUGCAACGAUUAGGCCGCCCACGCAACAUACACAUGGUCGCCAUACAUACACACACACAUCACAUGUGCACACACUUUUUCCCUCACAUACAUGUGCAUUGCCGCCCCUGCCUCCGUCACAUAUAUUGCCUGCUUGCAUGCAUAUACCAUUACACCACAAACUCACGCUUCAGUCAGCGGGAGGAUCUGUCCUCUAUGCUAUUGUCUCUGCCUCGCUUACGGACUUAUCGAAACUGUUUUGUUUAAAGUAGAUGUCUGAUGACUCCUGAAAAUGUCUUUGAGGAAGAGUGAGACCUCUCUAGUCCUUUGAAGGAUCUGUGUUCAGAAAUCAGUUGAGGAAAAGCUUGUUCAGUACAUAUUUGUGUAAAGACAAUGACACAGUGAUCAUCUCCAUAGGAUAACUCUUUGAUAUUUGAUGAUCAAUAAUCGGUUCUCUAAUCGGUUUUCUAGUUCCAGCUUGUUAAAUGUGAGGAUUCACUGCCCUUCAUAGUAAAUGAAAAGUUUUUAGUAUUUGAACUAGACAUAAGAGGUCAUUUGAAGAUGUCACUUUAGGUUCUGGGAGAAUUUCUCACAAUUUUUGACACUUUGUAGACUAAAUGAUUUAUUGAUUGAAUAUGAAAAUUAUCUGCAGAUUAAUCACUAAUUAACAAUGAUCUAUAUAAUAUGUUUUGCAUCAGCUUUUUUACACGUUUUGAAUAAAUACAAUAUAAUAUAUAUCUGCUCUAUGGUAGAGCAGUCACUUGUGACAUUGAAGCAUUCUUUUCAUUCGGUUUCGGCUUAAUUCAUGCGUCAACAUAUUAUUUCCCUGAUGCCGAUUGUAUAUCUGUGCCAAAUUUCUUCUUAAUGCUCAUGAUAAUGGUCAGUGUUCCUACAUCUUUGUGGUACAUGGUGUACUGUUUUUAUUUUUAGCUACAUGAAUGAAAUCCCCCCCAUCCAUUCAAAGCUUUUCCUUCAUAUCUUCUUCAAACUUUGUGCACAUGGUGCAUCACAUCCUCCGCCUCACACACGCUUGGCCACUCCCACUUUGCACGGCUCCCACCCAAUCAGAGCCUGUGUGUCUCCCAGCCUCUGCUGCAGCAGGCACCCGAUUGGCUGCUAUUUAUAGGCACUUUCGGAAGGAGGCGGGGAUUAGAGUACCUCGUUCUCCCUCUGUUUACACACAUAGGGCGGCAGGCAGUAACUGAGUGAAUGAGGGAGAGUCGGGGGGGAGCGAGGGAGUGUGGCUUCUCUGCCUUGCAUCCUCACAUCCCUGCAGCUUUCCCACGACUGUGCUUCCACUCUCUUGUUCUUCCGUGGACCUCUGGACAGCUCUUUUCGCACCCAUCUGUUCAAAGCCCUCACCGCACUGAUCAGUGGACCGUCUGCUUGCAGUGGAUUUUUGCUCAGGCAAGCAGCAUAGGAGCACAAAGUGUCCCUGCUGUCCGUUUGUCUGUGGAACAGUCAGAGGAGGACCAGAAAGCUCUGCUCUCUCUCAGUGUUAUUUUUGAUUUUAUUUUGCUCCCAUGCUUGACUUUGCGCUGAAAUGCCAGAAGUGAGUUAUUCCAUCUCCGUUUCGUGGAUGUUCAUUCAGUUCAAGAGGAUGCUGAACCGAGAGCUCAGCCAGCUGUCAGAAACCAGCCGAUCAGGAAACCAGGUGUCUGAGUUCAUCUCGAGCACCUUCCUGGAGAAGCAACAUGACAUGGACAUCAUGUCUCCCCCCACCAAGGAGAAGGACAAGAAGAAGCGGCCCAUGUCCCAGAUCAGCGGCGUGAAGAAGGCCACCCACAGCCCCAGCCUGGCCCCUUCCACCAUCCCACGCUUCGGGGUCAACGCCAGCCAGGAAGGUCUCCUUGCCAGGGAGUUGGAGGAAGUGAACAGAUGGGGUAUUGACAUCUUUAAGGUCUCCGAGUAUUCUGGGAAUCGUCCACUGACGGUCACCAUGUACACCAUCUUCCAGGAACGUGAGCUCCUCAAGUCCUUUAAGAUCCCUGCGGACACUUUCAUCACCUUCAUGAUGACCCUGGAGGAUCAUUACCAUGCAGACGUAGCCUACCACAACAACAUCCACGCUGCAGACGUGGUCCAGUCCACACAUGUCUUGCUGUCCACGCCUGCUCUGGAGGCUGUGUUUACCGAUCUGGAGAUCCUUGCCGCUCUGUUUGCCAGCGCUAUACACGACGUGGAUCACCCUGGGGUUUCCAAUCAGUUCCUCAUCAACACCAACUCAGAGCUGGCCUUGAUGUAUAAUGACUCCUCUGUGCUGGAGAAUCACCACCUGGCUGUUGGCUUCAAGCUUCUGCAGGAGGACAACUGUGACAUCUUUCAGAACCUCAACAAAAAGCAGAGACAGUCGCUGCGCAAAAUGGUCAUAGAUAUGGUGCUGGCCACAGAUAUGUCUAAACAUAUGAACCUACUGGCAGACCUAAAGACCAUGGUGGAGACCAAGAAAGUCACCAGCUUAGGAGUACUACUGCUCGACAAUUACUCAGACCGCAUACAGGUCCUUCAGAACAUGGUGCACUGUGCAGACCUGAGCAACCCCACCAAGCCUCUCGAACUGUACCGACAGUGGACAGACCGCAUCAUGGUGGAGUUUUUCACCCAGGGGGACAGGGAGCGCGACAAGGGCAUGGAGAUCAGCCCCAUGUGUGACAAACAAAAUGCCUCAAUAGAGAAAAACCAGGUGGGUUUCAUCGACUACAUCGUUCAUCCUCUGUGGGAGACAUGGGCCGACCUCGUCCACCCAGAUGCUCAGGAGAUCCUGGACACACUGGAGGACAACAGAGAGUGGUACCAGAGCAUGAUCCCCCACAGCCCCUCACCCAACCCAGAGGGCCAGGAGGAGGGAGAACUUGCUGGGGAGGCAUCAGCGCUCGGUGGCGGCUCUGCUACAGCCGACAAGUUCCAGUUCGAGCUGACCUUGGAAGAAGAAGGAGAGUCUGACACUGAGAGUCCGCCUGAGGAAGAGGAAGGCUUCAGCGGCAGCAGGGGGUCUGAACUCUCCAGAACUGAUUCUGCCAGCAGCCUGCUCGCCAAAAAGCUCACUCCCGAUUCAGGCAGGACGUUUUCUUUGGACUCUGAGAAAGAUAUGGCCGAAGACAGAGAGGCGGAGCAGGAAGACUUCUCUGGGGUACCGCACUUCAGAUUCGGCACAUAGCACCAGUCAAAAGUUGUAAUUUUUGGCCUUUUUGUUUGUUUUUCUUGAUUUCGGUGCCUCAUCCUCCGUCACUCCCCUUCUCCCACUCCAAACACCAUCACCUCUGGUUUCCGUGGACAGGGUGACAGCAAGCCUCGGGGUGGGGAGUACGGGAGUGCGGGUGGGUGUUACAGUCUGCAGUUUUACACAGCAGUCACUUGCACUGGAGAGACAGAUAGACUGAGUCGCUGUUCCAGUAGAGGACAGGAAACCAAGUUUCUGACCGGUCCUUUGUGUUCUGUGUCUUUCACUCAGACAUACUGUGGAUAAAGUUUCUACAGAGACAAUGAGAAGUUUAAAAAAAAGCUUCCCUCAUACCAGCCAACCCAAGGUCUACUACAACAAAUGACAGAACUGUCUUCCUCCUUUUGGAGUGCUUGUGAAGAGAGUGAGGAAGUGGUGAAUGACCGUGAAAACACAACAAAGUCUUGUAAGACAUUUUGCCAAAUUUGCAACUUACAGGGACAAUGCUGUUUUGCCUGCCUUUUUUUUCUUUUUCUUUUAUUUAGGUCCAUUCACAGUGAAAUACAGUGUAUGAAGAUGCGGUCAAGCAGAGUAAUUCAUGGCAGAGAGGAGCUGCAUGAUUUUACACAGGAGACUUUAAAUGUAGCAGAUGUUUUUGAGUGACUCUAUCAUUAUUAUUGUGUACGUAGCACUCCGCUCAGCUGCUGUUGCACAGCCUGUUUCAUUGUGUUCAGCAGGCAGUUGUUUUGGAAGGAUAUGAUUAUAAUGAAGCGGCUGGCAGUGCAUAUUAUUUCAUUUGUUUCAGGCUUACUAUUUCCAUUUUUAUAAUCUAUGAUAUUGUGAUGGCAUCAAAACUGAGCCAGAGUCAAUGUCAUGUUAAGCAUCCAAAGCGAUGUGGGCUGUGCACAUGGUGCCUCCCAGUGGUGACAAGUGGAACUGAAGUUCUGGCAUUGGAGACAAACGAUUUGCAAGGUUUUGCAUAGGCCUAUAUGGAAAGUACAUUCAAAACAAAUCUAACUGUAGGACGACCAGAAUUAUCAGUUAUGUUUAAGUUUUGUUGCUCUUUUGAUUAUAUUGUUUUUAUUUUAUGUUAACACACUUUUUUUUCUUUUGUGCAUUCUUGAUAUUUGGCAUCAGCUGAUCAGUUUGAGUUUAGCACUUUACAGUUGUGUUCAUAGCUGGCCCUCGUUGUGGUUUUCAAGGGCUUGAACCAAAACCUGAAUGCAUUGGAGGCUGUCGACUGCGAGACAGCAGCCAGCACAGACAUGCAAAAACACCAGAGAACAGCAACAAAUGUAUUAAACAGCAUUCAAAUCCACUACAUAAUGUGUCAAACACGGAAAAUACCAUUUUUGGUUACAUCCACCUGCAUAAUUUACUAAACCGAUGAGGGCAGCGUAUUAGAAGGAUGCGAGCGUUGCUGUAACUGUAAAGAAAAAACAUCCAGGAGGUUACCAAGAGACAGUUUCCUGUGCCAGAAUUAUUCUCAUCUUUUUUCUCUCAUUGAUCAAUAUUUCGCUCUUCACAGGGACAUAGUCAAUGACAAAACAAGUGCCAAGCAAGCAUGACACAACCCGUACUGUAAUUUCCAUUUUGCCACUGGCUACUUUCCAUCAGUGACUGAUAAAGUUGGUUGAUUGUAGCACCGUGUGUGCCAAUCUGACCCCAGUGUCUCUUUUCCUUUGUUUUCUAACUCCUGUUCAAACAGUAACUGAAACUGAUAUUGUCUUAAAACAGUGAUGUGUUUUUUGAGUGUGUGUGUGUGCGUGCGUGUGUGUGUGUGUGUGAGCGAAUGACUGGGAUGACAUUUUGAUGUAUUUGCUAAGAAAAAAACCAAAGCACUUUGUAUGGUACUUUUACAGUUCUGCACUUCCAGUACAGUUGAACAUGUAUAACGUGACAGUUUCACUGUUGUUCUGUUGGCGAAUGGCCUGGUGGUGGAGUUGGAUCGCAAGGGCUGGACUGCUACAGCUCUUGAAGGUUAGAUGUUGGAGGGACUGAAGUCGUUUUUUUUGUGUGUGUGUGUGUGUUCUUUUUAUAAUUGACUGUACAAAAAAAUGUGUUUUUGUUGAAAUGCAUGACAUUGGCUGCAAGAUUCAAAGAAGUACUCACAAUGGUCCGCUUAUGGAGAAACUUUAUUUUAUUACCAUGCAGUAAAUCAUGUUCUAACGUGUGAACGAGCUGUUUUUUGAAGCCUUAUUUUCAAACUUGGGCUUUUUUUUUUUUUUCCUGGUCAUAGAUGUGUUCGCUGACAUGCUGGAGUGAAAUAUGUGCAAUCCUUUCUGUAGCCAUAAACAGCACCAAACAGACCAACACUCAAGGAUGCCUUCAACACUAAGGACUAUUUAACAGCAACUAAACCAGCACAACAUGAGAAGAUUCAGGCUCUGCGUGUCUCUAACUGCUUGAUUUUCUACAUUUUCCUCACAGUGCUUCGUGUACAGUUUAUUUAUUAUUUCUGUAUGAUCUGUCAGAAACGAUGGAACAGUAGGCUUUAUUUUAGUCUGAGGUUUAGUGCUUAUGUGUAGCUUGGUGUGUGAGAAAGUCGAACGGGACAGAUUUCAACUAUUACUCAGCGUUUUCCCCCUCUCCUUCCAUUUCUGUAUGUCUACAAACAACAUUAUGCAUAAACAAAAAUACUCACUUUCAUGUUUUUCUUGGUAUGAAAAUAGUUGAGCGACAGGUUUCCAUCUGAAACGUCUCUCCUCUCCUGUCUUCCUCCGUUUCCACUGAUCUGAUCAGAUAACGCGAUCGCAUGAAGGAUCUCAGCGUGUCAGCGUGCUGAUCUGAGACUUCUUUGAUUCAUUGUGAAGAUGAUAGUCCUACAGCCUCAAGCCAUCCUAGAUCUGUUAUUCUGUUCUUAGAGAUUUUAUGAAUAUGGGUCAUGAACUGAGACUCUGCAGCUUUGACAAUCCAAACUCUGCUGUUUAACUGCGGGUGUGUUAGCCCUCUCUCCAACUAGAACUGUAUGCCUUGCCAAUAAAGGAAAAGCUCUUCA